AUGGGCUUCGAAACGCUUGCCGGGAGGGUUGGACCUUUUGCAUACAUGGUGUGCGCCUGCAUCUCAUUUGUGUUUGCAACUGUGUCGACGCCAACGUCGCAGUUUAGAGGAAAGGGGUACUUGGAUGGAGGAAAAGAGUCGAAGCUGUCCUGCGUAACGGCAUGGGGAGUUAAGAACGAAUGCACCAGCAAUAAAUACGAUCUGCGCUCUUCAGAGAUCAAGUGUGAGGGUAACGAUAAACGUUUGCAUCAGUUAUUUCAGACUACCCAAGCCUUUUCCAUCAUUUCCAUUUUUUUAACAUUUGCGUCUAUCAUUACUGUUGGAAUGCUUUUUAAUGGCAAGUCCACAAGACGUCUGACGCUCCUUUUGGCAGUUGCCAGCGUCGCAGCUCUCCUGAUUCCGUGGGCAUGCAUGGCCGCCGUGUACAAAGGGAGCUUCUGCGGAACUGUUUUUCACGACAACUGGAGGCGUGACUGGAAGUACAGCUCUGCCUUCGGCCUGUUUCUCGGUGGCUGGCUUGUCCAGCUGGUUGGCACAGUCUUCUUGCUGGCACUGUGA